AUAGAUUGUAAAUAUUUUUUAUUUAUUCAUUUUAUAUAUACAUAUAGAUUUAUAUAUAUUAUUUCAUAAUUUUGUACACAUCAUAUAUUUUACAUUCUUCGAUCAAUAUCAAUAUUUUAUUUCGAUAUCGCAUAUAUAUAUAUAUGCAUAAUUUAUAUAUGUAAUAAUAUAACAAUAAAAUUGUAUAAAUCAUUUUAUAUAAAAUAUUUUUACAAACAUAUUUUCAUUUAAAUUCCUAUAAUCCCAUCGAAUGACGUCACGCGUCAGGAUAGCGCCUUUCCAGCAACAGUAACUAUCGCUCUCUGCCGGUCCAAACUCGAACAAACAGUUCGCCGCCAUGACACAGGGAAGUCGGAAAUUCUAGCGGUGGUAGGACUGUCAGUGGCAACGGUGGCGACUGGCCGACGUCGUGUGUGUGUUUUGUUGCUGCUGCGAUGCGUCAGCUAAAUCUUGGAUCAUCUGGUAAGAGAGUGUGAUAAAAAGAGUGGUCAGCUGUUACGACGUUUACGAGUCAACGCGGAGAAACGAGCGGCAAAGAAGUAAAUAGUGGAGAAAGGUACGAGAAACGAGAGGGAGACGAAUACCGUGCGACGGAGGAAGGUUACGAGGGGCGGAUCGUCGGUGGUAAGGACCGUCCGCGUGUAAGUGAUAAUAUCGGUGGAAAACGAUGGCGUAAGCUCAUCAACCCUGAGCCGAGACGUGCCGUGUGUCCUUUGUGCCGUGGCCGUCCGUCAUUUUCCGUUGAUUCUCGUACGACGCGUAUGACUCGGCUGUUCCGAAAAGUCGCGCGCGCGAACAACAGAACGCGUUCACAACGUAACGUCAGUGAAAACACCAUCGAAUGUGUGCUGUGUUACGCAGAGUCUAGUUGCUACGCAGGCUGAGUAGUGAAUGCAACUCGAAAUAUUAUUGGUUCGUAUUUGAUAAUUCGCGGAUCAUCAAGCUUUCCAAGUGUACGCGCCAAUAUUUUAUCGGUUAUCGCCGCGUCGCGUUUCCUGUGUCUUGUUCGACUGUUAGUGACUUUAUCAUUCGAAAUCGCUACUUCCUCGCGUCGUCGCGUUGUUGUUUUGUUUAUUGUUGUUUACGCGUUUUCGCGAGGUGGUGCCAAUAUCUAGCCAACGGCUUCUUACCGUGGCAGAGAAUAUGGUUACAAUGAUCAGUGAUACGUGUGGAUAUGUUCUCUUUCUCCUGUUGCUGUUGCUCGUUCCUUACAUCGAAAGCGCUCGCCGUUUGAACGAAUAUAUCCGCCACUACGAACCACUCUCUUAUCCAACCGAAGAGGUCCACCGAGGUCACUUGAGGGCCAAGAGGUCGGUUACCCGCGACAAUUCCGUGACUCUGAAGUUUCGCUCGCACGGAAGGGACUUCCACAUUCGAUUGAAGCGAGAUCUGGCCACCUUUAGCAAUAAUUUAAUUAUCGAAGGGCCGUCCGGUCAAACGGAAGACCUCGAUACGUCCCAUAUUUACCAGGGCCACUUAGUCGGUGAGCCAGGCAGUCACGUGUUCGGAAGUAUCAGCGACGGUGUUUUCCACGGGAAAAUCAUAUCGCCCCGUGGUGGCGCGUGGUACGUGGAAAAGGCGUACUAUUACUUCCCGCCACACGAGAUAAAUGACACGUUGCAUUCUGUCAUCUAUCAUGAAAAUAACGUGGACGAUCCGUACGCCCACCUUCGAAAAGGUGAAACGGGAGGUUGCGGCAUCACCGACGACGUGGUGGAGUGGAUGGACAGGAUACAAAAUUCCGCGGAGCCGGACGAGGAACGUCCGGUGACCGAGAAGAAAUCCGAUCCGCCGCCGGUGGUGAAACCGUGGAACGGUGAUCAGGAAUCGCCUGGUCACAAGUACUCGAGAGAAGCUAACGAGCCUAGCCACAGGAGGACGCGGAGGGCGACCAGGCCGAAGGAGGAUAAGAAGAAUAACACUUGUUCCCUUUUCAUUCAAACCGAUCCCCUAAUAUGGAGACACAUAUCGGAACAGUUACAUCACGACGCGGAGAAGACCAGGGAAGAGAUAUUGUCUCUGAUCGCGCAUCACGUGACAGCGGUGAAUUACAUUUACAGAGACACCAGAUUCGACGGGAGGAUCAAGCAUAGAAACAUCAAGUUCGAGGUGCAGCGGAUAAAGAUCGACGACGACACGGCGUGCACGCCCCAACAAACGUACGGCGAGCCAAAUCCUUUCUGCAUGGAGAACAUCGACGUCAGUAACUUUUUAAAUUUGCAUUCGCUCGGCAACCACGAGGAUUUCUGCCUCGCGUACGUGUUCACCUACAGAGAUUUUACUGGCGGUACUCUUGGUCUUGCCUGGGUAGCAUCCGCAUCUGGCGCAUCCGGUGGCAUUUGCGAGAGAUACAAAACGUAUACGGAAACGGUUGGGGGGAUGUACCAGUCUACCAAGAGAUCUUUGAACACUGGGAUCAUCACUUUCGUCAAUUACAACAGCAGAGUGCCUCCGAAAGUGUCGCAGCUGACGUUGGCCCACGAGAUAGGGCACAAUUUUGGAUCGCCUCACGAUUUCCCACCCGAGUGUAGACCAGGUGGUCUCCACGGAAAUUACAUCAUGUUUGCGUCGGCGACGAGCGGGGAUCGGCCGAACAACAGCAAAUUUUCGAAAUGCAGUAUUGGGAAUAUCAGUAACGUGCUGGACGCCAUAGAAGAUAAGAAGAAGAAAAAUUGUUUCACCGCCUCUGCUGGAGCUUUCUGCGGUAAUAAGAUAGUGGAAGCUGGGGAAGAGUGCGAUUGCGGGUAUGAUGAUAACGAAUGCGUGGAUAAGUGUUGUUAUCCAAGGCAGAUAUCAGAUUUGGAUAAAAUGAAGAACGACACGGCGAAGGGUUGUACCAGAAAAUCUGGAACACAAUGCAGUCCCAGCCAAGGGCCUUGUUGUUCGAGCGAGUCGUGCCAGUUCGUUCCCCUCUCCAAAAACGUUCAAUGCAAGGCUGAAUCGGAUUGUAGUUACAAUUCGACUUGUAACGGCCGAUCCUCCGAGUGUCCUCCACCGUUGCCAAGAGCCAAUAAGACUAGAUGUAACGAGGGAACUCAGUUGUGCAUCAACGGCGAGUGUACGGGAUCGAUUUGCCUUGAAUGGAACUUGACCGAGUGCUUUUUAACCAGUAACGUAAUUCCAAACAUCGAUAAACGUAAAUUGUGCGAAUUAGCCUGCCAAAAUGGAACCGAUCCAUCGACCUGUCGUAGCACCAGCGAAUUUGCGCAUGUAGUCGGUCUACCCGAAGGUGGAAUUAGCCUCAGACCUGGAUCACCUUGUGAUAAUUUUCAAGGAUAUUGUGAUGUAUUUUUGAAGUGUAGAGCCGUUGACGCAGAAGGACCAUUAGCCAGAUUGAAAAAUCUUUUAUUCAAUAAGGAUACAUUGCGUACGGUAGCACAGUGGAUAACCGAAUUCUGGUGGGCGGCAGUGUUAAUGGGAAUAGCUUUCAUUAUUUUCAUGGGCUUGUUCAUCAAGUGCUGCGCUGUUCACACUCCAUCGAGUAAUCCUAAGAAACCACCGGCCAGACGUAUCAGCGAUACUCUAAGAAGACCGAUGAAUACUCUGAGAAGAAUGCGACAUCCACACGGAGGUGGAGCAGGUCCCAGAAGUAUACCUCCCAGACAAGGUCAAGGAGGACAUGGUACUAGGGGACCCUCUCACGGUUAUGGAGAGGGUAGAGGUGCUCAGUAUUAUCCGAAAGCAGGCUAUCGCUCGGUUCCCACAGCUAGUGCGCCACCCAGUAGCAGCGCAGCACCCAACUACGCCCGGUCCAACCAUCCCGAAUUGUACGCCGGCGCCUAUUCGGGCUCCGGGGGAGGGGGGAGGGCCUCAGCCUACGAGAUGAGGCAUCACAACAAGGUGUGACGAUCCUAGAGAACUGCAACCAAGAACAAGGGACGGUCUCGACGUUGCACCGUAAAUUGUUCUCUUGUUUAAUGCCAAACUGUGAAACGAGCCGAUCCACCCGACACAUCUUAUACAUCUCCUCUCAAGAUCAAGAUCGAGAUCAAUGGAAGGAAUAUCCACUACGACGUAAUCGAAUAUAUUUGAAAGUAUCGAAGAUCUACGUUCUCAUUUCAAGUAAACUCGCGCAAAGGGACUACUGGUUCGGAAUUGUAUAAAUUGGUGAAGUGUAUUAUAUAUAUAUGAUCAAUGGUGAUAUAUCGAGACUUCUCGUUUGACGUUGAUUUUUUUUUCUUUUUUAUCGGCAAAGUAUGUACAAGGACAUCGACGUUGCGGGGGAAAAAAAACGAAACGAAUGAACAGCGUUGUGAACGUGAUAGAUCGUAAAAUUCAAAAAAAUCGUUAAAAGACUAAAAAUAUUAUCGUACGAUUUUAUGUAAACUCGUCUUUUUAAAUGUUUCCUGCAAAUUCCUUCGUGUUGCCAAUAAGUAUUUUUCACGAUCAAAAUUGCGAAGCUUUUUUAAGACAAACUUCUUCUUAUUAUGCCCACGAAAUUCUUCGAUAUAAACGUCAACCAAACCGAAUCAAACCGAAUUAUACGGAGAUUUAUUUCUUGUGGACAACGCUGGAUUGCGGUAAUAUAUUGAACGCAACGUAUUUUUGUCGUUCGAUAUUAAGAACAUUUAUAUGGCCAAGGUUGCAUAGUAGUGUUUACGCCUCGAUUUCUUGUGAUGAAGUCGAAUUGCGUGUUUUUCGCUUCGGAAAGCGUAUACUUUUAUACUUGGAGACUGUUGGUUAGAAGAGAAAGGGAAGUUCAAAGGGAGGACGGAGACGACAAUAUAUAUUUGGAAUAAGUGUUAGAAUGAUAAUCGUAAUUUUUGAAAAGCUCCCAUUGAACAUACCUUGUGCCUUUUAACUCAUAUACGCAAUUGUUAUCUACGUUAUUCUAUGUAUAGUACGAGAUUUUAAAAGAUAUUUUUUUUUUUUUUUUUUAUUUCAAAGUUCUUCCACCAAAUGGAUGUGCUUUUAUUCAAAGUUAAGUUUCGAUUAUAUUAAUACUUUAUAUUAAUUAAAUAAGUAAAUAAUAAUUAAUUAAGUAAUGCCAAAAUAUUUAAUACGAUUUUUUAAUGCACUUAUACAUAUAUAUAUAUAUAUUUAUAAAUAUAAAUAUAUAUGUAUAAAUUAUAAUAUAUAAGCAUUAUUUAAUUUAAACCUAAAAAUCUUUAAAUAUUUUACAUCACUUUAAAAUUUAUAUUUUAAUUAUACAUCACCGCUUUCCGCAGCGAAAAAACGCGUUUACCAUUACCAAACUAUUGCAGGUCAUUUACUUGAUCUCUACCAUUGUAGCAUAAUAAUUAAUAAUAUUAAAUAUUCUUAUACUAAUUUUUAUUAGCCAAUUGAAAUGAGCAAAGAGAUUAUGAACAUGAGAGAAAAAGUAUGGACAAAAAAGUUUUUAUAGCGAUAUUUCAUUAAUGAUUAUUCCAAAUGUGAAUAAUGUGGAACAAUAUCGAUUUUAUUAUAUAAUUAUGCUGAUUAUUAUUAUUAUUAAUUAUUACUAUUAUUAUUAUUAUUAUUAUUAUUAUUAUUAUUAUUAAUUAUUAUUAUUAUGGCUAUUAUUAUUAUUAAUUAGUUAUCUAUUGCAAAUGAUAAUUUAUCUCCGCUAUCGCGAAUGUUAUAAGUUAUAUUUAUAUAUGGUUUUUUUUUUAAUUUACAAUUAAUCAGGGGGCUGUACCGUAAACGCGCUUUAACGAAAUGGCGCAUAGCGGACCAAAGACGAGCCCUCCUUUCGAGAUGUAAAACAUGUUUUUAAUAUACAUGGGCUCAAGCAGCAUAUUUGUACACUGCUGCAUACUCGUAUAUGCCACACGGAGAAAUUCGCACGUGCCCAGCAGCACAGAAUCGUAUUAAAUCGUAAUAAGCGAUAUAUAUACACUUCCUUUUUUGAAACGCCAAAAUAUUAUAUGUGAUCGACUGAAUUUUUUUACUCGUCCCUCGUGUCGUACCUUCUUGCGCUAAAUUUUAUCCAGUUCUUUCCAUGCGUUUCUUCAUCCGGGGCAAGAUGCAAAUCAUCGAUGAUUAUCAUUACGAAAUCAUUACGAAUUAGUGAUAUUAUAAUAAUGUUCAAUAUCCGGCAUUCUUUUUUUUUUUUUUUUUUAUUUCUCUCCGAUAUUUUUGAUAAUACUCUUAGUCUUAGCGUGUUAUACGUAUUUCCCAUUUUUUCUCGUUCAACGUGUCGUUAAAAAAAAAAAAAAGAAAUGUCAUUAUAUACUGUUCAACAUUAUGGCAGCUAGUUUACACACUACACACGGAGGCAUAGAUUUUAUUUAGAGACGAUGAUCCAGAAAAUUUAACAAGUUUUAAAGUAUCUAGUUAGUGCAAGACGCGAAAGGAAUAUUGAACAGGGAUAAAGAAAUAAAAAAAAAAAAAAAAAAACAAGGAGGUGUCUGCCAAAUCGCAGAAAAAAAAAUACGAGUUUGCGGAUCAUGUGGAAAUGUACAAUAGUCGCAAUGUGAUUAUUAUAAAAGUGGAUCAUACGAAAGCUGAUAUGCGAGAGACAUAUGUGAGAAAGCGGAAGAGAAGGCAAAGAGAAAGCGAAGAAAAGAUUAGGAAAGAGUAACGGGCGUGAAAGAAUUAAAAGAGAGAGUAUUAAACUGUGUGCAUACAUUGAUAUUAUAUAUAUAUAUAUAUGAAACAUAAACGAUAUAUAUAUAUAUACAUAAACGAUAAUUAUAUAACCAUACGAAUGGUAAAGCGAAUACAAAAAAAAAAAAAAUACUUGUUUUUAUAUCAAAUCUGUAUUAUAGCGAAAUAUUAUCUUGUAUUUUGUAAUCGGGACGGAAGUUAUAAGGAUGAUGAACGAAUGCCUGUAAGUGAGUGUAAUCGAGCCCUUAGGUUUUUAAGGCGAUGACUUUUAGCGACGAUCCAGCGUGGACCGAUAUGGAUCGUUCGAUAAUAGAUUAUUUAAGAAGUUUUGAAGUUUCUUGCAUUAUAGAUGCAACGGGAUUCCGUUUGGUCCCAUUCGUAAUCGCUCGUCCGUUCGUUAUACAAUUUAAUGUUGUAUUAUUUCUAUAUAUACAUAUAUAUAUAUAUAUAUAUAUGAUUUGAUAUAACGAUGUUUCAUGGUAUAAUGAAUAUAAUCCAUGAGUACGAUUUACUGCCAUUCGUAGUAAUGCAAGUAGCGAAAAAAGAAAAAUUUAUCGAAUAAAUUUUUUAAUAUAUUAACUACGUAAAAUCUAUUUCGUGAAAAAGUAUUAGGAUUAACAUGAUUUGAGUAUCAUUUUGAUGGUAUUACGAUGAAACGAUUAUUUAUUAUUUUUUUUGAUACAAGCUUAAUAAAUUUUUCCUGAAGAUCAGGUAUAUCGACUGCCAUUUAAUUAACAAUCGUUAUAACAAAUAGAUAACAAAUUUUACUCUGUAGAAAAAUCGAUUGAUUUUUUUAAUAUUGUUCAUAAUUAUUCUUGCUUCCAUUUCACUGCCAUUGAAAAUUUUUUGACUGAAUAUAAGAUCAAAAUAAAAAACAAGGAAUAGAGGCAUUGUUUAGGAAAAAAAAAAAAAGCCUAAAACGAGCGUAGAAUGGGGCCAACCAUUCUAGUAUCUAGUUGACGAAAACGUUGCUUGCCCGUACCGAGAAGAGUAUAACGAUUCGAAAAGCAAAAGUACGUUUUCAUUCAUUCAUUAUUUGUCCCCGAGAAGUCUCUACUACAUAUGCUUAAGCUUAUUUGUUUCUGCGCUGUCUGGAUUAAGAUUCGCAUUCUACUAUUAUUAUUCGAUAAUCGUGCAUUUUUCUGCACAUUUUGUGAUAAACAUAGUUUCUGUGGCACGAGUUAAAUCUUCUUCGAUUUAAAAGAAGAUACGAAUUUUUUGCAAAAAAAAAAAAAGUCAACAUCUUCGAAGUACCUAUCUUAAUCCAGACGUGCGUCACCGUGACGCAAUGCACACUACUUUAUCACUUGUACAUAAUGUUAGUAAGGAAGAAACAAAAAGAAAUCGAAGAUUAUAUUUUUUCUAUCGAUCCAAAAAUGUGGUGACCUAUCAACAUCGUGCAUCCAAGAUUAGUUUCAUCUACGUUAGAUACUUCAUGUCCGUUCCGAUUUGAUUUUUAACUAACACAUAAUAUCAUCUAGUUUCAUCAAGAAAUCGGUAAUAUUGUAUGUAUAAAGUGUUGCUUGGAUAUCACAAAAAUCACCAAGUUGCCUUUAUGUUUUAUGUGCCGUAGUGUUUCCGUUUCGUCGUUUUUAAUUCAUUCACAGACAAUUUUUAAGCUUUAUGUUUGAAUUUUAAUCAUAAGUUUUAUUAAGCAUGAUACUGACCAAUCGCCUGAACAUUGCUUCAGACCACCACUCUCUCUUUUUCCCCAAAUGUCUAGAACGCGGCGAGUGUUUUAAGAAUAUUAUAAAUAAAAGGAAUCUGAUUGUGAAACUCUUGUGUUAUGUUAAUGUGAUUAAAAAGAAAAAAAAGGAAAAAAAGAAAAAAAACAUUGUAAAGAACUAAAUAAAGCAUACAUUUUACAUUUA